GAAAACCUGAUGUUUCUGUGUAUUUCCGUUCAAGCAGUGUGAGAUUCGGAGAGCUGAGGGAAAAACAGGCUGUGGUUGGAAGUGACAUCACUUGAGGUUUUCUAGCGGGCUUUUAAAAAGCAGUGAGAUCUGCCACUUGUUAAAUACCUGGGUCCACUUACGAUCUGCUCCCGAGGAUUAAGAAAAAAGGCUGCCACAAUAGAAUAUGCACUGGGAAAAACCUUCUUCCUCUGACCAGCCCGAACCGCGACCGUACCAGGGGGUUCGUGUGAAAGAGCCAGUCAAGGAAUUACUGAAGAGAAAACGGGGGAAUCAUAAUAACACUAUGGUGACGUCACCUCCCACAGUUGUGCUCCCACAUGCUGCACUGUCAACAUAUUCACCAGUCGGCUACUCGGGUUGUAUGGACGUUGGCAGCAGUGGCUCAGAGCCUCUGUACACAGAGGAUGGCACUAUCUGUACGGCUUGGAUUGCUCAGCCCUCAGCUGCCACUCUUCAGCCGCUGACCCACUGGGCACCCUGCCCCGAGUACCUCCCCCUCGAUGGCUCCGCCCCCACCUACACUGCAGACAUGUACGUGCAGCCCAUGUGUCCCAGCUAUGCCGUGGUGGGCCCCUCCUCGGUGCUGACAUACACUUCAACACCUCUCUUCACAAACUUUGCAGAACCACACAAACAGGAAAACCAUCCCGGUGUAAAGAAUGCAAUACCAUGGGCUCAAGAUCUCUAUUUUCUUUCCCAGCCAAGGCAUCCCGCUCCGUCCCCCAUCCCACAAGGGGAGCUCCAAGACCCUCAAGCCCAAGUGGCUUACUUUCCCUGGGCUCAGCCCAUCUCUGCCCUGCCAGCCCAGGCCUUUCAGUGCCCCUCCGCUGCCACGCCCUUCACAAGCCCCCAGCUGGUGCCCCUGCCCGUCACAGUGCCAGAGCCAGCUGCCCAGGAGCUGGAGGAGGCGCACAGGACCCUGGGGAGCAUGCCCAUCGAGAAACUGCUACAGGAGGACCAAGACAGAGACACGAUUCUGCAUAUUUAUACAGCCAAGGGAAUGAGGGAAUACGCCAUUGUAGCUGCUGAGAAAAUGAGCAGGCUCAGAAGCAUAGACGCCAAGGAGCACCAUGGAAAGACUGCUCUUUUGGUUGCAGUCACUGCCAAUCAUCCCUACAUCGCUCAUGAUCUCAUCAUGCUCGGGGCAGACAUCAACAUGGUCGAUGACAAAGGUCAGACAGCCCUGCACCUUGCUGCUACUUACGGCUUCUUGGAAGUUAUUCAGGCCUGGCGUCAGCCACUUUGCUGCAGUGUGCUGAGCAUGCACCCUUACCAGCUGAUCUUCAGUGACAAGCAGCAGCUACAGGGGUUGAAGCUGAGAUCCCCAAACCAAAGUGUGAUCCCAGACCGAUUGGAACCCAGACAUCUGGAGGUGAUAUUGUCCACAGCGACGACCAUCGGUUUAGAAAUAUUGGACUUUGAAGGUCACACUCCUCUGCACUGUGCUGUUUUAACCCAUAAUUCCAUGCGCCGGGAACUGAACCAUGACCUCACAAUCUCCCCAGAGAGACAGAAAGAACUGGAGAGGCGCAUUGUCGAAGUGAUGGCCUGCAUUAAACUAUUAGUCCAGGCUGGAGCCAAUGUUACCAGCCAGGAUAUAAAAAGCAGUAAAUCUGUGCUCCACCUCACAGUUCAAGAAGGGAACUAUUUACUCCUGAAAUUCUUUUUAGAACUCAACACUGGAAAGGAUGAGGACUUUGUUAACAUGAAGGCUCACAGUAAUACAGCUCUGCACAUGGCUGCCGCCCUGAGGAAUGAAAUCUACCAAGAAGAAAUCAUUAAACUGCUCCUGCACCACGCCGCGGACCCCAGCAUCCGGAAUCUGGAGAACGAGCAGCCCAUCCACCUGGUCCAGCCCGGAGAGGAGGGGGAGAGGGUGAGGCAGUUACUGAGGAAGGGCAGGACAGGGCUAGUCCAUAAUCAUCGAAGCUCAUCGUCCUCCUAGGAAAUAAGGGUCCCAACAUGAAUCAAUAUGUGUCAAUGCCUCUACCAUCUCCACCUGCUGCACCAGCCUGAAUGUGGACUGUUUAUUUA